AUGCCCGCUGCUGCCAGAAUUGAGCAAAAAGGCGAGUCUUCGACUGCGGCGUCCAAGGCAGCCCUGGCAUCGUCUUCCAAUGGCACUCCUAACUCUGAACUGCCUUGGGUGGAAAAGUAUCGUCCCGCCUUCUUGGAUGAUGUCGUCGGCAACACCGAGACGAUAGAGCGAUUAAAGAUAAUAGCCAGGGAAGGGAAUAUGCCUCAUGUCAUUAUCUCAGGAAUGCCCGGUAUUGGAAAGACGACAAGCGUGCUUUGCUUGGCCAGGCAGCUCCUCGGAGAGUCGUACAAGGAAGCGGUGCUCGAGCUCAACGCAAGCGAUGAGCGAGGCAUCGAUGUCGUUCGUAAUCGAAUCAAAGGUUUUGCACAGAAAAAGGUGACCUUGCCUCCUGGCCGCCACAAGCUCGUCAUACUCGACGAAGCCGACAGCAUGACCUCUGGCGCACAGCAGGCCCUCCGCCGAACUAUGGAAAUAUACUCCAACACGACUCGAUUCGCAUUCGCGUGUAACCAGUCAAACAAAAUUAUUGAACCGCUGCAGUCACGUUGCGCCAUCCUUCGAUAUGCCAAGCUGUCAGAUGCCCAGGUUGUGAAGCGGUUACUACAAAUCAUUGAGGCUGAAAAGGUCGAAUACAGCGAUGACGGCCUUGCCGCUCUCGUCUUCAGCGCCGAGGGGGAUAUGCGACAGGCCAUCAAUAACCUGCAGUCUACGUUUGCCGGAUUUGGUUUCGUCUCUGGCGACAAUGUCUUCAAAGUUGUCGAUUCUCCCCACCCGAUCAAGGUACAGGCGAUGCUGAAAGCUUGUUAUGAGGGCAACGUCGAUUCGGCAUUGGACACUCUAAGAGAGCUCUGGAGCCUGGGAUAUUCCAGUCAUGACAUCAUCAGCACCAUGUUCAAGGUGACCAAGACCAUUUCGACAUUAAGCGAACAUUCGAAGCUCGAGUUUAUCAAAGAGAUUGGAUUCACUCAUAUGAAGAUUCUCGAAGGUGUUCAAACGUUACUCCAACUGAGCGGCUGCGUCGUGCGGCUGUGCAAGAUCAAUAUGGAUCCCAAGCGCUUCCAGGUCGCUUGA